ACUUCAGUCUCAGACUCUCAAAGGAGGACGCAUCCCUCCGAUCCACAUCGCUAGAAGAUCUUGUUUGCAGUCUCUGAGAAUCACCAGCAGAAUGCUAUCCAACACGCAGAAUCUACUGAUUUGUCAAAAAUUCUAGUAUUUUAGCACGAAAUCUUCCAACAACUUUUUCUUUUUCUUUUUUCUUUUUUCUUUUUUAGUUCCACACCUCAGCACACUUCUUUAUCAGUAAAAUCUCUCCUGUGUUCUCAGUGCACCCACUACACGUUUCUGUUCCCUCUCUGCCGAGUGCGGAGCCUCAGUCCAAGACUUCCUCAAAAGGUUGAAGCGUCUCUAUCUCAGAGACACCAUUCUUUAAUGUCUAAUCCUCCUCUGUUCUUUCACAUCCUCUCUCUGCAUUUUUCAGUCUUAGCCUGAAAUUCUGUGACUCAUAUCAAAUUUUCAAUUGGGUGCACCAUAAUUUUUUUGGUGACAAACGUUAAUGGAGUUGAAGAUGGGUCACCUAAUCCAAUACCCACUUGUUUAAAUUUCUCAGAUUUUUCUCUCAUAAACUCAAACAAAAAGUUGCAGACCUCAAAGCUUCGAACUUUUUGAGGCAUUGGACGCUCAUGUCAACUGUAGAAAUGUCCCACCACAUCGAUUUGGAGCAAGGGGAUCACCGCCGCUCCGGCACCGGAAGUGAAGUCAGCGACGACGGUAGCGUGUUCUUCUCAGACGCCGACGAGGGCUCGUGCUAUUCCCAGUUCUAUUCCACGACCGGUGGGUCGUACGACGAGUACAGCUUCGCUUGUGUGUACGAUCCUGAGAUUGGGAACGGCUCGGAUUCUCGGAGAGUGUCUUUGUCUUCGGUCUCGGAUUGCUCGGUGGAGGUGGAGAUUGAGAGUGGGGUCCCCGAAAUCAAGGUGCAGUUGGCGAAAGCGGAGAGAGAUUGUAGGAUUUGUCAUCUGGGUUUGGAAAGUAAUAGCCAUGAAUCUGGGGUCCCUAUAGAGUUGGGUUGUUCUUGUAAGGAUGAUUUGGGUGCAGCCCACAAGAACUGUGCGGAGGCCUGGUUCAAGAUUAAGGGAAAUAAGACCUGUGAGAUAUGUCAUUCUGUUGCACAUAAUGUCUUUGGAUCAAAUGACAUCGAGUCCACGGAGCAUUCAAACGAGACGAACAAUGCCACAGCUGCAGCCACAGUCUUGGCACAAGUGCCCGUAUCAGAGUCACGAAGCUUCUGGCAUGGCCACCGGUUCCUGAAUUUCCUGCUUGCUUGCAUGGUCUUUGCAUUUGUCUUAUCGUGGCUCUUUCACUUCAAUGUGCCAUCAUCGUAAACUUCUGUGAAAACAGCUCGAGUAAAGGGUUUAACAAAAUUGAAAAAAUAAUUUAAAAAAAAAAAAAAAAAAAAGUCUACCAAAAUUGUUGCUUUGAUUAUCGUAACAGGAGAGUUUCAACAUUCAAGCCUUGCUAGGUUUAUAUAGAUAAAAAUACAGCUUAAUCUGCUCCUCCAUACUUGUAGAGCUUGGUUUUUACCAAUGUUUGAACAUUCCUCAUAUAUUACAAGUGUUAAAAUUAAUGUAUUUGGUUUUUUCUGGCACAAUACUAGAAGGUUGUAUUGAAUUGUGUAUUCGGUGA